ACAACUAAAUCUACUUUGCAACAAUCUAUAAGUUUAAUAACUUCAAAUAAUGAAUUAAAAUACAUAACUGAUGAGUCUAAUGAACAAUCAGGCGAUAAGUUUGGUAAACAAUUGGUGCUUUAUAAAG